AUGUACGAUCUUGACACGGACACACGAUCUGGAAUGACGGCCAGGGAACGGAGCGUGCAGAUGAUAGUGGAAUAUCUCGGCCGGUAUGGAAUUGACGACCUGCGCAACAACAUCCGACGAGCUCUUGGGCUUCUGGCUUGGGCAGAACAGGAUAGCGUCAAAUGGCGACAAGGCUACCUCGAAAGCUUCGUCCACCUGGCUGGUGUCAUGACACCGGAGAUUGAGGACCAUCCAGAUUUCAAGCGUCUUUCAGUAGUCACGAGACGAAACCUAGGAUUGGCUGCCAAGACGCUGCAGCUGCGCGUCAUGGAAGCAGAGGAGAAGCUGUCCACAUUUGAUUUUGGUGAUCUUUGGGAGGACAAGUUGAAGACCGCGAACAGUCCAGUCUAUCAAAGCUAUCAAUCGUUUCGCCAGUUUCUUAUCGGGCAUUUCACACGCAUCUACGGUAACUGGCCGCCGACUUCCGACAAGACAUGGCUUAAUCGCAAGGUUGUAAACGCCAUGCAAGAAGACUUUGGUUCGCUGUAUGAUUACUUCGUUGAUAGGGACGUGAUUUGGAAUCCUCGAGAGGAGCGGGCCUCCCGUAAGUGGGAAAUGGCUCAUAGGAAGAACGACAGCUUCAGGGCAGACCUGCCAGAGCUGGGGAUGACAGAUAUGCUGGUCACGUACGAUGCGAAGAAUGGCUAUGCGCAUAUCCCGCAUCCAUACCCGUUGCUUCCAAGAGAAGUGCCAAAGACGAGUAAAGACAAGGAGAAGAAAAGCUUCUUUUCGUCGUUGAAGAAGGACAAACCCAAGGAUGCUACGAAGGACGCAAAGGCUCAACUGCAGCUCUCUAUCAUCUUCAGCGAUGCAACGAACAUUGAGAAGCUAGAUGUCAACUUCAACGGAUCCACACUUAUCGACAAGUUUGAACAAUUUGAGCUCACCACCGACCUGAAACACAUGUCACCACGCGAAGCCCGUCUCGGUCGCUGGGUCCUCCUCUACGGCAUACUACAAGUCCUCUCGACCCUAUCCGUCGAUGUCCAGGGUCUCAGACACACCGACGGCGUCCGCUCCUUCCUCAACACCGAUCUAAAGCGCAUGCCUGAAUGGGUAAGCAACGGCCAGAUCGAGCACCUAGAAGCCCGCCAACAACGCUCCUGGUGCUGGCAGCGCGCCUGGGACCCCAUGCCCGCGCAGUCCGCACCCGUAGAACUCGAGGCCACAUCAACCAACGCGAACGAGCGUCUAAACCAUCACAAUCACCAGGAAGCACGACGUGCGGAGAUAUCCACGCAUAAUUUCCCCAGUCCACCGCCUCAACACGCUCUUCCGCCGCCGCCUCCGACUGCGGUUUCGCAUAAUCUCGACGGCGCAACGUUGAUGCAAAACGAUAUUCGUCGUCUUGGGGAGAAGAUCAACAACCUCUCCCUGUCCCAUAACGCAGGUGUUCAUUUCAGGCAAGAAUUUGAACGGCGGCGUGAAAACGAAAAGGUUAUCCAGGAUGAAUUCCACGACCAAACGACACCUACUCCCCACCCCGCCUAG